AUGGAGCUUCAGUAUUUCUACAUUCUUCAUCUCACUGUUAUGUUCCUAAAUAUGUUUCCUCAGUUACUAACCUGCCAACAAGAAUAUCUCAAUAGCACUGUCUUUGACUGCACUAACAACCCUUCUGUACCAAAAGGAUACCUCUGCAAUGGCCUUAAAAAGUCAUGCACUUCCUUUUUAGUUUUCAAGUCAAAACCUCCCCACAACAACCCUGCAAGAAUUUCCAACCUUCUUGGCUCUGAAGCAUCUACCAUAGCCUCGAUCAACAAGAUAUCGAUUAAUGAGAAGAUUCCUUCGAAUAAAUCAAUCAUUGUCCCGGUUUUCUGUUCAUGUGCUGGAAAUAUCUACCAGCAUAGCACAUCUUACUCUGUCAAGCAGAAUGACACCUAUUAUGAGUUGGUAAAAGAAACUUAUCAAGGCCUUACAACCUGCCAGGCAUUGAUGGGUCAGAAUUACUAUGCUCCUGUUAACAUUGCAAUUGGUGCUGAGCUUACAGUUCCGGUACUAUGUGCUUGUCCAACGAAAAACCUGACAGCAAAAGGGGUUACCUCUUUGCUAGUUCACAUGGUGAACUAUGGUGACACAGUUAAAUCCAUAGGAGAAGCUUAUGGUGUUGAUGAACCUAGCAUGCGAGAGGCCAAUGAGUUUCCAGUGCUACAAAGUGCAAACAGCACUGUCAUCCUCUUUGCUUCGACGCCUAUAGUAGUUCCUCUGAGAAGUAUGAGCUGCAAAGAGAACCCAGAGAGAUUCUAUUGCAAAUGUUUUGAGGAACUGCACGCUGAUGGAAGCUCCAAGGGUGUUUUCUGUGAUGAAUCUCAUCGUCAAAAAAUCCCUGCAAAAUUGGUUGCUGCCUCAGGUAUUGGAAUUGGUACAGGCUUUCUGUGUUUGUUUCUUUUGGGUUACAGAUUAUAUCAAUGCAUAACGAUAAAGAGAGAAAGAAUCCGAAAGGAAAGGCUGUUCUGUCAAAAUGGUGGCUACUUGUUACAAGAGAAGUUAUCAUCCUAUGGAAACGGAGAAAUGGCAAAGCUUUUUAAUGCAGAGGAGCUGCAAAGAGCAACGGAUAACUAUAACCGAAGUCGGUUUCUGGGCCAGGGAGGCUAUGGCACAGUGUACAAAGGAAUGUUACCCGAUGGAACGAUAGUAGCAGUUAAAAAGUCGAAACAGCUUGACAGGAACCAGAUAGAAACUUUUGUCAAUGAAGUAGUCAUCUUAUCUAACAUCAACCACAGGAACAUUGUCAAACUCUUAGGUUGUUGUCUUGAGACAGAAACCCCAAUACUUGUUUACGAAUUUAUCCCGAACGGAACUCUUUCUCAACAUAUACAUAGGAAAGACCGUGAUUCAUCCCUUUCAUGGGAAAGUCGACUUAGAAUUGCUUGUGAAGUUGCUGGAGCAGUGUCAUAUAUGCAUUUUUCAGCUUCUAUUCCAAUCUUCCAUAGAGACAUCAAACCUACCAACAUACUCUUAGACAGUAACUAUAGUGCCAAAGUGUCUGAUUUCGGGACAUCAAGAUCAAUACCAUUGGAUAAGACUCACCUAACCACAUUUGUAGGUGGAACUUUUGGGUAUAUAGACCCUGAAUAUUUUCAGUCCAGUCAAUUUACAGAUAAGAGUGAUGUAUAUAGUUUCGGUGUUGUUCUUGUAGAGAUUAUAACCGGAAGAAAGCCCAAUUCAUUCUAUGAUGAAGAUGAGGGUCAAAACAUGAUUGCACAAUUCAUUUCUGUAACGAAAGAGAACCAACUUUCUCAAAUUGUAGAUUCCAGAGUGCAAAAGGAAGCAGGGAAAGACACCAUUCUUACUAUUUCGAAUCUCGCAAUCAGAUGCUUGAGACUUAAUCAUAAGAAAAGACCAACAAUGAAAGAGGUUUCAGCAGAGUUAGAAACACUGAGAAGGGCACAAAGUUCCUUUCAAAUCAACCAUGAUCACGAUGAAUCAUCAAGUGAUGAUGAACAAUCAUUUGGGCACACAAUCAAUGAAACAACAGACCAAGAAUCCAGAGACGAAAGCAUUUCACUUUCCUUACAAAUAGAAUCCACGUCCUUCUGA